AUGAUCCCGGCGCAACUUCAACAUGUGACUCGCAUCUUUCGGCAGCUGCCGCUGCGCAGCAGUUUCCUGCCACCUCUCGCUCGAUACUCUAGCUCAAAGCGUAGAGCCGCAGAGCAAACGGCCGCCCCGAGCGCCAAACUACCCGACGUGCCCGAACUCAACAAGUCCAAAAGCCUGGACGACCUCGAGAAGGCGCAACUAUCGCAGCAUUGGAUGAAGAUCUUCGACGAGCUUGACAUCGGAACACCCGCCAACAACUACCGAGUGAUACGUCUCCCCAACGACCUGAAAGCCGUGCCCCUAACUCGGUUCAGAAUGUCGAAGCGGCAUAUUAUGAGGGCGUUUGACACGUUCUACUUUACGGAGCACAAGCACGAGCACCCAAAGGCAGUCCUGAUGAGGCACUACUACGAGGAGGACAAGAAGAACAAACCCCUGUGGAUAUGGUUUUACGGAAUCUUUGCGGUCGACACGCCUGCUGUCGUGAGCAUGGCCAAGUACCGCAUGAAGCUCGCGCUCCACGCCGCCCUAAAGCAUCGGGGCUACGACGCCCAGGGACGUAUAAUUGACUCCGAGAGCGAGACGGGGAUAGGAACCACUCUCCGCGGCAAUCUCCAAGGGACAAUUGCCUGCGUCGCCAAGUUCCCUAGGGACGUCGUAAAGAGGCUGCCGAAAAAAGAUCUCCGACUUGCCAUGGAUGCUGUCGUAGAUGCCUUCAUCCGUAUGCGCGAAACGACGCAGAUGAGAGAGGAAGAAAAUGACCAAAACACACUUGAAAAGGAGCAGAGCUUGCUGGAGACCGCCCCCAUUGAAGGGGAACGCAUGGAGCGCAAGCGGCGCAUAGAGAGAAAACGCAUCAAAGAGACAAAGAGACAUCUGCCGGGCUCGGGAUUGCUUUAG